AUGUCAGAAAUAUCAGUAAAUAUAUUUUAUCGUAUCAUAGUUGGAGGAAAAAUAUUUAUAUUAUCACGAUCAAGUAUCUUGUACGAUUCGCCAAAUUUAUUCACGGAACAUUUCGUCAAGAAACCAUUAACGGGAACAGAAGUUUGGCAGGAUGAGAUGAAAACGUUUCGGGAACAACAUAGUAGUAAUAAUUCUUCGUAUCAUAAUCAUGAUAUUUCCUUUGAUCGUGAUCCUUACAUUUUUGAAGUUAUAGCAAGGUAUCUUCGUGGAUACACAAUGUCCUUUCCACUUUCCUCUUCCAUUAAUUUACCUACCGGAAUGAGUAUCGAGUCUUUUCAUCGACACCUUUUAGAAGAUGCAAUUUAUUAUAAAUUAUCUAAUCUUCAGCGACUUUUAACAACUGUCUUUCCAAUUCAAUCACCAACCCCACCAUCUCCAUCUCCUACUUUAACUUCAAGUUUAACCUUAACGACCUCUUCAAAUAAUUCAAAUAAUAAUUCCCCCUAUUAUGAUCCGUUUAUAAAUGAUACGAAAAUUGAUCUCCUCCUUUCCAAUACACCGAUCGAUCAUUUGGUAAUGUUGGAUCGUAAACUAAGAUACAAGAUAAAAUCCUCUGAAUAUAAUGUUCAUCCUUUGGUACAAUUUCAUACCGAAAAUGUCGUAUGGGAUAUUUCACCAAACGCCUGGAGCUUUAAAUUCUUGCAAUCAAAAGAUUUAACAAAAAUGACCUCUUUUUGUAAAGUUUUCAUCAAUUCAAAAUUUUAUAAAAAUGUUUUGCCAAAUCAAUUUGGCGAAACAUUUUUUAACGGUUUAAUAU